UAUUCAGAUGACUGGGUGUACGCUCAGGGUGCGGCUGCUACCCCAAUCAACUUAUUAGGUGCGAUGACUGCACAUGGGAAGAAGCAAGGCCUGAAGAAUGUGCGCGUCUGCCACAUGCACACUGAAGGACCUGCAUUAUACGCUCAGCCUGAUUGCGAAGGGAUAUUUAGAUCUGUAUCAUUCUUCAUGGGAGGCAACGUACGUGCAGCUGUGAAUGAAGGACGAGGCGAUGCAAUUCCAAUCUUCCUAUCAGAAAUACCUCUUCUAUUCCAAAAGAAAAUUAUUCAACCUGAUGUAGCCAUAGUUCAUGUUUCUCCUCCAGACGCUCAUGGAUUCUGCAGUUUAGGUACCAGUGUUGACUGUGCCAGAGCUGCGAUGCAAGCAUCAAAAGUGAUAAUUGCACAAGUUAAUCCUAAAAUGCCCCGUACAUUUGGUGACUCAUUGUUGCACAAAAGUCACAUAGAUUAUGCUGUAGAAAUUGAUGAACCGUUGGUAACCCAUGGCGGAAAACCACCUAGUGAGGUAGAAACUGCAAUUGGUGCACAUAUUGCAAAUAACUUGGUGGAAGAUGGUGCCACACUUCAAAUGGGUAUUGGUAACAUUCCUGAUGCAGUUCUUGCCAAACUACAUAAUCACAAAAAUCUUGGAAUUCAUUCUGAAAUGUUUGCCAAUGGUGUAGUGUCUUUAGUGAAGGAGGGUGUUGUUACAAAUACUAAAAAGUCAUUCCAUAAAGGAAGAAUUGUUGGUUCCUUUUUAAUAGGAACUCAAGAGCUUUAUGAUUUUGUUCAUAAUAAUCCUUCCAUAGAAAUGUUGAGAGUGAAUUAUGUUAAUAGCACUGCUGUCAUUGCCAAAAAUCCAAAAAUGACAGCGAUUAACUCUUGUAUUGAAGUAGAUCUGACUGGUCAAGUGUGCUCCGAUUCCAUUGGAACGAGGCUUUAUUCAGGAUUUGAUGGCAAAGGAAAACCUAUUAUUGCUUUACCUUCAGUUACCAAAAGAAAUGAAUCCAAAAUUGUGCCAAUACUCAAACCAGGAUCUGGUGUUGUUACUUCCCGAGCACAUGUGCACUAUGUUGUGACUGAGUAUGGAAUUGCUCAUUUGUUUGGUAAAACAUUAUUAGAACGAGCAUAUGCUCUUAUUCAAAUUGCUCAUCCAGAUCACAGAGAAAGCUUAGAAAAAGCUACCUUCGAAAGAUUCAAAGCCAUGCCAGUUAAGAAUUAGCCUAAGAAAAUAUUUAAUUCAAAUUUACCUAAUUUUUUAUAUAAAAAUCUAAAUUUCUAUUAAUACUAG